AUGUCGCUUGCCGUUCUCAAUGUCCGUCCUCAAGACGAAGUGCUUCCCGAACAAUUUGGUCUCCUAGUCGACAACCGACGUCGUCAUAUUAUCAAGGCUAAAGUCAUCGCUAUUGGUCGCUUGUCGCGUACAUUCACCGUCCUUAAAACCUAUCCCGCUCUGAUUCAAGAACUGAAAACCUUGUCCGGUAACAACAAGUUGCCCCAAGGUACCUUGGCAUUGGGGGAACAAGGUAUUCGGCAAGCCAUUACCUCUUUCACGUCCCUCAACGAUAAACCCGCUCCAUUGUCUGAAGACAACCAUCCAGAGGACCAAGGGAUGAUGUCGAUUCCGAAUACAAGAGCCAUCAAAAAUGAUGUACCCCAAUUGUAG